GGGGUGGGGCGAUGACAGGACCUGCCAAGGCUCUCGGGGACCAGGCUCUCCCAGGACGACCCAGCCGCGGGCCUGUGUUCAAGCCCCGCUGUGUCGCCAGCCAAGACACUGGCGUCUGGAAGAGGGGCGACUCAAGAUCUUCCGCACUGAAUCCAAGGAGGCGUUCAGGAAAAGUGUGCUGGACAGAUCCUUAGGAGCGCAACAUUUACUGUGUUUGAGAAUGACGUUCUCUGCUUUUGAACACUCACCCUUCUACGUAAGGCUCUGUGACCUACUCCAUCUUGUCUUCCUAAAAUAAUUCUCACCCUAUUACAGGAAGGUGGGGCGUAUACACGUUCUCUUUCCUGUCAGGUGGUGAAAUAGACUGAAGGGGGUAUUAAUUCUAAGACAUCAUUCCUGAAAAUCAGAAUCAUGUUUUACCCCCAAGAGAAUUAAUUGCACAUAAGUGUUGCAGAGGAAGUAAAAGAUUUAAAAGGAAAAGAGAAGAGGAAAAGGGUCACUGAGAUGCCCCUGGCUGGAGAGGAUGCAGAGAAAGACAGGAAAGUUCAAACAUAAGACAUUUGAAGAUAGCAAGUCGCCCACUGAAGGAAGUGACCCAGAGCAUGAAAACAGUGGUCCUCAGUUCUGUGCCUCCAUGACGGGGAAGAGAGGUCAUGGUGAAAGGAGACAGUUUGUGUGCACUGAGUGUGGAAAAGCCUUCAGUCAGAGUGCCAACCUCACUGUGCAUGAGCGAAUCCACACAGGAGAGAAGCCUUAUAAGUGUAAGGAAUGUGGAAAAGCCUUCAGUCACAGCUCCAACCUUGUGGUUCAUCGAAGAAUCCACACGGGACUUAAGCCGUACACGUGCAGUGAUUGUGGGAAGGCAUUCAGUGGGAAGUCACAUCUCAGCCGGCACCAGGAAGUCCACAGUGGGGAGAAAACGCACAAAUGUAAAGAGUGUGGGAAAGCCUUCAGCCGGAGCUCAGGACUUAUCUCUCAUCACAGAGUUCAUACUGGCGAGAAGCCCUACACUUGUAUUGAGUGUGGGAAAGCCUUUAGCAGGAGUUCAAACCUCACUCAACAUCAGAGAAUGCACAGAGGGAAAAAGAUUUACAAAUGUAAAGAGUGUGGGAAAACAUGUGGUUCUAAUACAAAGAUUAUGGACCAUCAGAGAAUUCACACUGGGGAGAAGCCCUACGAGUGUGCCGAGUGUGGGAAAGCCUUCAUCUUCAGGAAGGCUCUUAAUGAACACCAGAGACUCCACCGCAGAGAGAAACCUUACAAAUGUAAUGAGUGUGGGAAAGCCUUUACUUCUAACCGAAACCUUAUAGAUCAUCAGAGAGUUCACACUGGAGAGAAGCCUUAUAAAUGUAAUGAAUGUGGUAAGACAUUCAGGCAGACAUCUCAGGUUAUUCUACAUUUGAGAACUCAUACUAAAGAGAAACCCUAUAAGUGUAGUGAGUGUGGGAGAGCUUAUCGUUACAGCUCCCAGCUCAUUCAGCAUCAAAGGAAGCACAAUGAAGAGAAAGAAACCUUACUGUUUACCAGCCAGGUGUGAUGGCACUUGCCGUUAAUCCCGGCAUUUAGGAGACAUUAGUUUUAGGCCAGCCUGGUCUACAUAGCGAGUUCUAGACUAGCCAAGGCCACAAAGUGAGACCCUGUCUUAGGGAAAAAAAUGGCAAUAAUGUUAAUUACUACUUUUUCGAAAAUUAGAUUUUUUAAUAACAUUAAAAUUAAUUCUGCUUCUACAAAUCCGUACACAGAAAAUAGUAAGUAGCUAAAGUCUAACAAAAGGGAUAUUCAUGCCAACAUUAUACAUAGCUAAAGGGGAAAACAAAGAAACAAACAAAAUACCAAACCAAACAACCAAACAGAGACCACCCAAACUGUAGAUUAUUAUAUGAGCAGUGUGAAAGGAAUGAUAGUCUAUUCAUAUUAUGCUUCUGAAACCAUUUUGUUUUUAAAAGAAUUUUUAAUGUAUGCCAUGGGAGAAAUUUCUGGAUAACAUGGAAAGUGGAGGAAUGAAAUAUCCAGAUAAAAUAUUUUCACCUAGGAAAACGGAGAAAGAGAAGAACCAAACCUAAAUUUUCACCAUAGUUAUCUCGAGGUGAUAGGUUGUAGAUUAUUUCUAUUUUCUUCUGUAUACUUUUCUAGGCUUUCUAGAUUUUCUACAAUGAGAGUGUUACUUUUAUAUUUACAAAAAAGUAUAAUCUAUUUUAAAUACAAGCACAUGCUUGUUUUUAAUUCAGUGGUAGGAAAAGUACCUAUUGUGUAGUCUUUAAAUCUUGGGAUUCACCCUAAUCCUGGCACUGGCAGAAGUGGAAUUAUGAGCGAAUCCAUUUCUUUUAGAAUCCACUUCCUGCUACUGAAGGGGGUGGAACUUUAGUGCACCCCUUAGUGUGUAGUGAAAUAAUCGUCCUAUAAUGGAUGACUGAGCUCCACCCUUCCAACAGAGAUGUCUAGACAAUUAGAGGAGACCUGAGUCCUGACCCACUGGCUGAGCACCAGCUUCACUACUUUAGAUGAGUGAUGACACUGCUCGGACUUGUGUGAGAAGGGGAAGGUUGUUCACUUCAGAGGGAUAUGUGAGGAUUAAGUGAAAUGAUGCUAUGAUUAUGUCACACUUGGCACGUGACAGAACAGAGCGCACACCUUUAAUACCAGCAUUUGGGAGGCAGAGGCAGGCAGAUCUCUGCGUUUGAGCCCACCCCGAUCUACACAGUGGGCUCCAGGACAGCCAGGGCUACACAGAAAUCCUGUCUUGAAAAACAAAACUUGUCUGAGUUGAGAAGAAAAUGGGUAACAACCUAUCAUUUUAUUAUUAUAAUAAUAUAUUUAUUUUUAUUUUAUUGGUGUUUUUCCUGCAUGUGUGUCUGUGUGGGGUGUCAGAUCUCCUGAAACUAGAGUUACAGACAAUUGUGAGCUGCCAUGUGAUUGCUGGGGAUUGAACCUGGGUCCUCUGUAAGAACAGCCCUGAGCCAUCUCUUCAGCCUCCAAAAUAUCAUUUUAUAUGGUUUUGAUUAAAGGGAAAUCUGGCGCAUGCCUUUAAUCCCAGCACUCGGGAGGCAGAGGCAGGCAAAUUUCUGAGUUCGAGGCCAGCCUGGUCUACAGAGUGAGUUUCAGGACAGCCAGGGCUACACAGAGAAACCCUGUCUCGGGGGGAAAAAAGGGGGGGGGGAAUCUGUAAGACAAUGCUGGAAGGUACUCUCCCGAUGCUGAGAGGAUGCUUUUAAAUCAUGUGUACUGCAUUCUAGAUGGAGCUCAAUAGGCUGAUUCUCCACAUCAGCUCUCUCUGUCUCUCUAGUCUUCUUGCAGGCUAACAAUAAAUACCCUAAAUGUUUAACAUGUCUCUAGGGCAAUAGUUUCCAGUCUUCUGGAGAUGAAUUUGUUUUUGUGUGUUUAGGGAUGGAUCGAUUUUCAUUGUUUUAUGACUUGAAAGAAGCAAAACAUUGUCUCUACAGAGGAAUAAAUAUCACUGAAGUAAGAAGGCUGUAAACUCGAGAAAAAUGCAGUGCUCUGCAAAAAAGUCUUUGCCGAGCUGGCAAUAGCUACUCAUUUCUGGUUUUUAGCCUAACAGAUUAAAGCUUUAUCUCCAACUAGUGAUUGGAAACAUUGUCUUCUAACAGUUGGUGUAGUGUCAGAAGCCUCCUCUUAGAUGGCAAGUUUUGGAUGUUGGAGCUUAGAAUCCUUGGAUUCAUAGUUUGCUCACACGAAGUAGUCCCUGAUGCUCAAGUGUGAGCCUUUCACCUCCUGAGUCUACUUUUGACUGCUGCUUCACAAACCUUUUGUGAGAAGCAAGAAAAAUGUGGGAUUUGUUUUUGUGUGCAAAGUAUGAAACUCAAGGGGGCAGGUCACAUGGCCCAGUGUGUAAAGGCAAUUGCCUGACCAACCUGAGUGUCAUCCCAGAACCCACGUAAAGGUGAAAGGAAAGAGCUGACUCCACAAAGUUGUCUUCUGACUUCCAUACUUGUGCCGUGGCAUGUGAGUGCCUGAACACUCUGUCACACACAGGCACACAUCUGGCGCACAUAUAAAAUAACAGUAAGAUAUUUUACAGUAUGGAACUUAUCAGUUGUAGAAAAUUAUUUUAAAUAACUUAUUAAAAUCCCAUUCCAUCAAGCCAGAUGUGGUGGCCCAACACUGAGGAGGCAGAGGCAGAUGCAUCUCUGACUUUGGGGCCAACCUGGUCCACAGAGGGAGUGAGUUCCAGGAUAGCUAGGGCUACCUAGAGAAACACUGUCUCAAAAAGACAAAAACAAACAAGCAAAAUUCCUUUCCAUCACUCAUAGAUGUGGCAGGUGUCUUAUUUGUCUUAUACAUAUCACCUCCUUAUUUAGAAUAUAAUUAUUUUAUUAGCCUUGGAAAAACUGAGCUGACCUUCCUGAUAUCUGAUCCUUCCCACUCCACUAUUCUUUCUAUAUGUAUCCCUUAUUAACUAUAGACUUUCAUCAUGUUCAGAGUCUUUCUAGUCAAUGCCCCAGACCCAGAAGCCAUAAAAGAACUGUUACAUGUCACCAACCGUGAUAACAAAGUCACAGAUACAUAACAAACUGGGGUUGGCUAUCACAGUGCAUGCCUUCCUCCAAGCGCUCAGGAAGUGGAUCUCUGUGAGUAGGAGGCUAGCAUGGUCUACCUAGCCAGUUCCAGACCCUGUCCCAAAGAAACAAACUGGGAACAACCUGCAGCUCCAAUCCUCAGAGUCAGGUUUCAGGUGGAAACCAAGAAAACUCACUCCAAAGAUGGAAGCUUAUAAAUGAAAGCUUCCUUUCCUGAGCGCUCAGGGAGGCAGUCAGCUUGGGAUCUGAACCUCGUCCCUGAGGGGAAGCUGUAUCACAGAUUUAGAGGAAAAUGAGGGGGGCUGAGGGGGGCUUAGGAUCAGCCAAUCAUGUUUUGACAUUAAGGGUUAAGUGAGGGAAUAUCUGUUGGAGACUGAGCCUUUUCCAGGACACCUGGCUUUAAGGCCCUUAACUCAUCCUCCUAGAUGUUUGGUCUGGAGCUCAAGGGAACAAAGGAGCUGGUUAGAUGGGUGCAGUUGAUGAGAGCCGGGCAGGCAGUCUGUUAUAUAUUUUUACAAUUCAGACACCUUUGUUAAAAUAACAGCAAGUUUUACAUAAACUGGUAGGUUUAUGAGGCAAUUAAGAAAAUCUUUGGAGGGGCAGGGUAGGAGCAGGUCCCUGAGCCUGGAGAUAUGAACACUGCUUGACCCUGUUAACAAAAUGGGGGAGCAAAAUGGGAGAAUUGCUUUUGAGAAGGCUGGGCUCCGGUGGCUUGCUCCUUAUAGUCAGCAAAGCCCUGCCAUUCCUUUGAGCAUAUGAGUUUACAAGACUCAGCUGUUAUCUCUUCCUUUGAAAAUACAAUAUCUUCCUGAAAUAGUGUUCCUGAAUAGGCUUUGAAUGUUUUUCUUUUAUCUGCAAUUCAGGGUUACCUCUCAUGAAUGCCACCUAUACUUGUGUGCUUAUGCGUUCUGUUAAGUGUGUUCACACAUUGAACUUUUGUUUAGAUUUUUGCCUCUCCUGAUUGGUUAUCAGCAAGCUUGUAAGGGUCUGACUGUAUUAAAUCGAUGAGGAGGCUCAUAAAUCAGUGAUGUGACUGUUAAACCUUAAAACUUGUAGGAUGUUUGCACCCUUUGGCCCAACAGUUUUUCUUCUAGAAAAGUAUCCUGGAGAAAUGAACAAGAUUUAAUAAUAAAUGGACAAAAUUUAAUAAUAACAA